AUGGACGCUGUAAAGAGUGCAAUUUUACAUGAUACAAAUGAGCUCUUACAGGCUAUCUAUGGUCAGCCCGUUGAUCGAGCCAUAGUCAAUACUUAUGCCGACCAACUAAUAAAAACGAUUACACCUCGUUCGAGCUCACAGAAGAAUGUUGAACAAGCGAAGAAAGUACUUCUUGACGGCAAUCCUGGUGGAAAGGCAUUUCUAGCGAAGUAUAAUGAACUUAAACUGAAGAAUAUUCGAGAAUUGGAUCCUCUUGUUUAUCUUCUUGGAAAAAUUAAAUGCGACCCUGAGCUACUGAGAUUGCUCCAUAAUUCAGACAAAGAAUGUAACGAUAUCUCUGACGGUUCUGAUUACGAGUCUUUUGAUCAACUGCAAAUGCGUAUUCAAAACAGCAAUACUAAUGCGAUUUUGGGUCCUCUGCGUCCUGGAGAUUUUACCGGCCUUGAAACGGAUGAGAAUCUCCAACAAUUUCAUGAAAAUCUUGGGUCCGUCAGAGAUCCCCAGCAGCUUCCUCACUACUACGCCACUUAUGCUACUGCCGAUAGGACUGAGGUGACCAAGUCGACACUGAAGCCUAAAGAGAGUGGCUCAGAGUAUCGUAAGGCUUUGCGUCAAUUUCCACAGUGGAUGUACGAAGUGUUCUACCUAUCAUCAGAUUUUCUUCCGGAAAAUCUUUUCACGUCAAAGACACCUUCGAUUCUUCCACUUGAAACGUUACCGUUAAAUGUUCAAGAGAAGCUCAUUGUGCAGGAUCUCUUAGCUUGUUUGCAGGGCAGUGACGGGGUUUACGUUAAAGCCCUCAAGAUAAAAGAUCCUCACGCGGUUCGGAACUUCGCGAUUGAUGAAAAAAUGCGAACUAAAAUGAGCUGCUCUCUUGCAGAUCCGUCUCUUGUGGACACGGUGAACAAAGUUGUUCCCAUGAUUUCGCAAUAUUCACUCAUUGUCCGGUUUAUUGAGGAAAAGUCGCGCUACGAAUACGGCCGCGUGAAUCAGGCGUUGUGCGAGGCGAUGGAGCAGUUUUUGCAAGAGUACUGGAAGCUCCUCUGUCAACUUGAGGCUCAGUACCGUGCCAAUCAAUUGGGUAUUUCACGUCUUCUCCUACUUUUAAAGGAGACUAGUCAUCUCUUCAGUCAGCUUGCCCAAUUGGCGACGAACAUCAACACUGGUGGUUGUGUGGGCGGUGCCACGCUAUCCCUCCUCUACGAGGGUCUCCGCGGUCAGGUCUCGGUGAUAAGUCGUGUUCACGACUGCCUGCUCUACCUUCUGCGCUCCGCUUGCCGACCCUUCUUCGACUCUUUAAGCUUCUGGCUUUAUCGCGGUUUCCUCCGACCUGACGAUGCCGAGAGGGGUGAGUUCUUCAUCGUAAAGUCCUCAGCCCUGCCACUACCGAGCCAGGAGAACGAUGCGGCUCGGGAUUACAUCAACUCAGCCUACUAUUGGGAACGCAGCUACUCCAUUUUAUCCACUCAAUUGCCGGGUUUUUUGGAAUCGCGUGCGGAGAAAGUUUUGGCUACCGGGAAGUAUCUCAACGUGGUGCAGCAGUGCGACAGUUCGCUACAGUUGGCUGAACCGGAGGACCUGGUCUUCAGUGAAACGGAAAAUGAUUUUCUUACAAAAAUUGACAGAGCCCAUGCAUUUGCUAGCCGCACUCUGUUGGAUUUCAUCCUCAAGCAAAAAGAUCUCAAAGGCAUUCUCAAAUCUAUCAAACGUUAUUUUCUACUGGACCAAGGUGAUUUCAUUGUUCAUUUUAUGGACACUGCUGCCGCUGAACUGAAGAAACCGAUAUCCCAAGUUUCAAUCAGCGGGCUCAAUUCUCUCCUUGAGUGGGUGCUGCAGACCAGCUCAGCCGCCUGUGACCCCUACAAAGACAACCUCAAGGUGGUGAGCACAAAUUGUGACUUGAUCACACAAAUGCUGACACUUCAUGUCGCUGCCGAUGGUAGCAAUGUUGACACCAUAAUUGACAUGGAUCCAAGCGCGUUGGAGGCCCUCUCGUUGGACUACAAGGUGGAGUGGCCGACAGCCCUGGUCAUAAAUCGUCCCGUCAUCGAUCGUUACCAGAUGCUCUUUCGACACCUCUUCUACUGCCGUCACGUGGAGCGUCAUCUUUCCACGUCCUGGGCUAUGCGGAAGGCGGUUCGUCGGGCGACGGCUGCGGGUGCCCUUGCUUUCAAUAACGCCUUCAUUCUCGGCCAGCGGAUGCUCACUUACAUCCAGAAUCUCCAGUAUUACAUGACCUUCGAGGUGCUUGAACCCAAUUGGCACAGCUUCUUCCAAUUCCUCAACAAGGCGGACAACUUGGACGAGGUGUUGAAGGCGCACGAGCGAUGCCUGGAGAUCUGUAUGGACGACUGUCUACUCACAUCACCGGAUUUACUGGCACUGGUGGGCAAGUUGAACGCCGUAUGCAUCCAGUUCGCCAACUGCCUCAAUCGCCUGGCUGACGCGAGUCUGGAUGACACUCUGGACAGCGUACCGAUGAGCACCGCUGCCUCGAUGCACCACCGACGCGGGGUUACUACCGACACCGGUGUAGCGGGCGCCGUUUCCGCCUCGCCUUCUUUCACCAACCUUGCACUCACCUCCGCACCUGCGCUGCCCCGCGGUGACCGAUGGCGUUGCGGCUCCAUGGCCAGCAGCGAUGGGGGCAGUCUCUUCAAAGCCGGAGAUACCACCACCUCCUCCUCUCUUGCUGGCUCCUCUCUUGAUAUGCGCAGGCGGGUUGCAGCCUCGGAUCUGGGGAGCAUUGGCUCGAACGAGCGUUUCGCCAUUGCGGUGGAAGACUUUGGCCUCAAGUUCAACAGCCUCAUUGUCGAUUUGCUUGUCAAAAUUCGUCGACCGGUGGAUCGUGAAAGGGACAAAUUGCUCAGUCUUGCUGCCAGACUGGAUUUCAACGGUUUCUACACACGCUACAGUCUGGACGCAGUGACUCGUGGUAGUGCUGUCGAUGGCAGCCUCGGAAGCGGAAGUGGUCUUGGUAGUCUCCCGCGACCGUCAAGCUCGAUGGGCAGUUUGGCGACACUAGAGGGUCUCUCCACUGCGCCACCUCGUCGUCUCACUGCAGCGGGGGACGAGGAGAGUGCUCCGCCGCUCGCCACCCCCCAACGACCACGUAAAUCGGCGAUACCACCACCUCCGCAGCCCCGCGACCGACGCCACACCACGGCUCAUCACCUCCCUCCUGCUCCCACCUCCACAAUGAGUGAAUACUGA